CUUACACUGCAUCUAUACUUUCUUACAUUCAUGCUUUAACCUAGCGAAAAUCUAACCUCGAAACACAGAGGCUGUCUUCGCGAGAGAAUACUAUUUUUUUUGUGAUCUCCCGUUGAACGACGGGCUGUAAACGCCCUAAACGUAUCCUUUAAAUUAAGUAGUGCGCAAGGAAAUACUAGUAAUCCUCGCGAUGGCGGACGUACGCGACAUUCUGGACAUCGAGAUGCCGACGACGACGGAGCUUACGAAAGAGUCGAUACUGGGCAGCGACAAGAAGAGUCGCAGGCGGUAUGACUACAACAAAAUGCCGAAACGCCCCGAGGGCAUGCACCGCGAGGUGUUCGCCCUCCUCUGCAAGGAUAACAACGACGUGCCGCCGUUGUUCCCGACCGACACCGCCAAGGGGUACAAGCAGGUGCGAGCUAAGCUCGGCAUGAAGAGGGUCAGGCCGUGGAAGUGGACGCCGUUUACCAAUCCGGCGCGUACGGACGGCGCGAUCUUCCAUCACUGGCGGCGCGUCGCCGACGCCGGCAAGGAGUAUCCUUUCGCAAAGUUCAAUAAGAAAGUUCCCAUUCCUACGUACACGAAUACGGAAUACGUUCAGCACUUGGUGGCCAACGGCUGGACGCGAGCGGAGACCGAUCACCUGUUCGAUCUGUGCAGAAGAUUCGACCUCAGGUUUAUCAUCAUCAGGGACAGAUGGGAUCGCGCCAAGUUUCCUACCAGAUCUGUAGAAGACUUGAAAGAGAGGUAUUAUCAGGUGUGCGCUGCGCUGAUAAAGGCAAAGUCCCACACUGACAAGGUGUACGUCUUUGAUGCCGAACAUGAGAAGCGCAGGAAGGAACAACUGAAGAAGUUGUUUGAACGCACCCCUGAACAGGUGGAGGAAGAACAGACUCUGCUGGCCGAGUUGCGCAAGAUCGAGCAGAGGAAAAAGGAGAGAGACAGGAAGACGCAAGAUUUGCAGAAGUUGAUAACAGCGGCCGAUCAUCAGGCGGAUCCCAGAAAGAGCGAGAGGAAAUCUUCCAAGAAGAGCAGCAGCUCUUCUAGAAAUAGACCGAAUAAAACUGAUACUUCUCACGCAGUGGAGUCAGCUGGAAUUAAAUUUCCCGAUUUUAAGAAUAGCGGCGUUACUCUUCGUUCUCAGAGAAUCAAAUUGCCAAGCAGUCUCGGUCAAAAGAAAAUGAAAGGCAUCGAGCAAAUGCUCAACGAGUUACGCUUAGGUAAGGGUCGAUAUAAUGAGGAUCCGCGCAGCCACUUUCGUCCGCUAGGAGCGCUAGGGAGUUGCCGACCUAAGCCGCGUCUGCUAGCCCGUAAGCGACUACGGAACUGUUGCAGCUAAAGCGGAGAGCACACA